CACGAGACUUUGUACAGAAUCACAUGACAUGAAAUGCGUGGUAGGGAAAUUCCGAGCGCCGAUGAGUCAUCCACUGUUUAGGUACAAGGCAGAUUGCAGUAUUUCAUGACAUCAACCUAUUUUGACAUCCAACAUUUGGAAAAUAUGAACUCAACUUCAGUUGCUGAAAACUCCACGUUUUCCAUUAUUAACCACCAUGACUCCUCAGAAACAGAGAUGGAAAGUGAUGAAAUAGAUCCUACAUCUAUUAAUGAAGUCCGUCGUGUGAUCCAAGAUGAUACAAUAAAUGAACAGAUAUACAUGUCCAUUCUCUGGCAUGGUGGAAGACUCGGAAUGGCUUAUUACGACACAGAAACAACACAUAUUUUUAUGUUGUUGGAUGUGGUGGAGUCUGAUGAAUUCAUUUUUCUAAAGAGAAUUUUGGGACAAUACCAUCCUUCUUGUGUAGUGCUGAGUUCCAAACAAGAUGACAGACUUGUACAAAUGCUCAAGACUUUGGUUUCCACUAGGAAUGACACAGCACAUGCCUCUGUUUUAACAGAUUUUUCUACAUCCUUUUCUACAGAAGACUCAAAUAUUCUCCAGUUUCUCCCAAGCAUAGAUUUCAAUCCUGAUAUUUGUAAGAGAAGGAUUCUAAAUUUGAAUCUCCCUGGGAUACCAGAGCACUAUACAGACACCGAGAAAACACUGUAUUUCUCCUCUCUCAUCUCAUUUGACAAUAUCUCCACAAUCCGAGCAACAGGUGGGUUGUUGAAGUACCUGGAGAAAAUGAGAAUAGGUGUAGAGCUGGAGGAUCCCUCUAUCAGAGUGCCAGUGAUGGAUCUCAAGGUUAUCACAUUAGAUGAUCAAGUUGCUUUGGAUGAUACAGCAUUCAGUGCUUUGCAGAUUUUUCAUAAAGAGGCCCAUCCUUCUGUUUACAAGAUAGGACAGGGUGGAGCUAAAGAAGGCCUCAGUCUGUUUGGGUUAUUAAACAGAUGCAGGUCUCCAAUAGGAAGCAGAAAACUUAGACUGUGGUUUUUGCGACCAAUUCGUGAUUUAGAAGUACUAAAGCAGAGACAGGAAGCAGUGGCUUUCUUUGUGAAUCCUCGAAAUAUAGAAGUCUUCUCUACUCUGACAGACUGCAUGAAAAAUGUCAAGAAUAUUACUCCAGUGUUAAAAAGAAUGUACCAAGCUCAGGCCACAGUGAUUGACUGGCAUGCCUUGUACAAGACUGUUUAUCAUGCAAUUUAUAUUGGAGAUGUUUGCAGAGCCAGGCCACAGACAAUUCAUAUAUUCAAGAGGAUAAUUGAAGCUUUUAAAGACGAUCUUCACAGAAUUGCAAAUCUGAUCAACAAAAUAGUGGAUUUUGAGGAGAGUAAAGCUGAGGGCAGAUUUGUUGUCAAACCCAAUGUUGAUGCUGAAUUAGAUGACAAGAAAAGGACCUAUAAUGGUCUGCCAGAUUUCAUGACAAAAUUAGCAGCAGAGGAGCUAGAGAGACUUAGUGAUGAUAUUCAAGCAUGCAAUGUCAUAUACCUGCCACAGCUAGGAUAUAUGCUGGCAAUUCAACGGCUUGAUUACAUGCAGACAGAGGAAGAUUUUGAAAUGCCUGGUUUGGAAUUUGUGUUUUUGUCCAACAAUGUGUUGCACUACAAAAGUGCACGUACAAGAGAGUUGGACGUAGUGUUGGGUGAUACACAGUGUGAAAUAACAGACCAAGAAACAGCCAUCAUGCAUAAACUACAGAAUGCCAUCCUAGAGAGUUAUAGAACUCUGAUAGAAGUCCAGGAUUUGUCAGCAGAGCUAGAUUGCAUACUGUCACUGGCAGCAUCAGCCAAAGAAUUCAGCUAUGUCAGACCAACUGUUGUUAAUGAGGACAUCAUCAACAUAAAAGGAGGAAGACACCCUAUUCAAGAAGUUUGCUGCUGUCCCUUUGUUCCCAAUGAUACCCUCAGUAAUGAAGCCUAUGGAAAGAUGAAAGUUCUUACAGGUCCCAAUGCUUCAGGAAAGAGUGUUUACCUAAAACAGGUAGCCCUGAUAGUUUACAUGGCUCACAUUGGCAGCUUUGUACCUGCAGAGUCUGCAGUGAUUGGUUGUGUGGACAGAAUUUUUACUAGGAUAAGAACAAUGGACAGUGUUUCAGUAGGCCUGUCCACCUUCAUGAUAGAUGUGAACCAGAUGUCUGAGGCACUGAGGGAUGCCACGGAGAGGUCUCUAGUGGUGGUGGAUGAGUUUGGCAAAGGGACAGAACUGGUGGAUGGUAUGGCCCUUCUCUGUGCUUGUCUGACAUUCUGGAUAGAUAAAGGAAAGUCCUGUCCUCAUGUUUUUGUCUCCACUCAUUUUCACAGCAUCAUUCAUCAACAGCUGUUACCAGAGUCACAAAUGGUUAAGUUCAUGACCAUGGACAGCCUGACAGAGGAGGGUGAAUUACUUUUCCUGUAUCAGCUUGUAGAGGGACAUGCUAGGUCCAGCUAUGCCAGUCAUGUUGCUCUGCAGGCGGGACUUCCAGAAGAAAUUGUUCAGAGAGGGGUGAAGGUUUCUGAACUGCUGAGACGAAAUAGACCAGUGUAUGCUAUUGACAUGGUUGAUUCAGAAACUCAUUUCAAAAGAAGUGAAAUUAUAGUCAAAAAGUUCUUAGACUUGGAUCUAGAAACAGAUGAUUUAGAAAGCUUCCUUAGAGAUUUUGUUCUCCCCACCAGUGAAGGCAAGCUGUGACACUUUCAAUUCAGUGCAGAGACCAGUUUUCGUAAGAAAACUAACAUGCAGCAGACAGAAUGACAAUUAUGGCAGAUUGGUAGAUAAAAAGUGACGUUUAUAUAAUUUAUUUCUAUACUUAUCAAGUUUUCCAAAAUAAAAACAGUUACAGGUA